GCGGCCCGGGAACAGGGAUAAGUAGGACGGCGGCCGCGGCGACUGGGGGUGCGGGGUGGAGCGUGCCCUGUAUUUUCUGUACGGGUUCCGGGGCUCGGUAGAGGCGCGCCGAGAAGACAGGAAAGUGCGGCGGCCCUGGAACCUGGAUAUGGCGCGAGAUUUGUGACGCCAAAGGAAAUCUCUGACCUCAGCUGUGGCUCUCAGUGCUGGGAAGAAGACAACUUCAUGUCUGAGUGUACGAGCAGGAGUUUGCCAUGGAGAGCUUGGGGCUGCAGACGGUGACCCUCAGUGACGGGACGACGGCCUACGUACAGCAAGCUAUCAAAGGAGAGAAGCUUCUUGAAGGGCAAGUGAUCCAGCUCGAGGAUGGGACCACUGCAUACAUUCACCAAGUGACAGUGCAGAAAGAACCUCUUUCCUUUGAGGAUGGACAGCCCGUGCAGCUGGAAGAUGGCAGCAUGGCCUACAUACACCGCACACCCAAAGAGGGCUAUGACCCCAGUGCCCUGGAAGCCGUCCAGCUGGAAGAUGGCUCCACUGCCUACAUUCACCACCCCGUGGCUGUGCCAUCCGACAGCACCAUCCUGGCCGUGCAGACAGAGGUGGGCUUGGAGGACCUGGCCACAGAGGAUGAUGAGGGCUUCAGCACGGACACAGUGGUGGCCCUGGAGCAGUACGCCAGCAAGGUUCUGCAUGACAGCCAGGCUCCCCAUAAUGGCAAAGGACAGCAGGUUGGGGACAGAGCAUUCCGCUGCGGCUACAAGGGCUGUGGGCGUCUCUAUACCACCGCUCAUCACUUAAAGGUGCAUGAGAGAGCUCAUACAGGUGACCGUCCAUACCGGUGUGAUUUCCCCAGCUGUGGAAAGGCCUUUGCCACAGGAUAUGGGCUGAAGAGCCACGUGCGCACCCACACUGGUGAGAAGCCAUACAAGUGCCCAGAGGAGCUGUGCAGCAAGGCCUUCAAGACCUCCGGAGACCUGCAGAAGCACGUCCGGACCCACACCGGUGAACGCCCCUUCCGGUGUCCCUUUGAGGGCUGUGGCCGCUCCUUCACCACGUCUAACAUCCGCAAGGUACAUGUGCGCACCCACACGGGCGAGCGGCCCUACACCUGCCCCGAGCCCCACUGUGGCCGUGGCUUCACCAGUGCCACCAACUACAAGAAUCACGUGCGCAUCCACACAGGGGAGAAGCCAUACGUUUGCACGGUGCCAGGCUGCGGGAAGCGCUUCACCGAGUACUCAAGCCUCUAUAAGCACCAUGUGGUGCACACACACUGCAAGCCCUACACCUGCAGCACCUGCGGCAAGACCUACCGGCAGACCUCUACCCUGGCCAUGCACAAGCGCAGCGCCCACGGCGAGCUGGAGGCCACGGAGGAGAGCGAGCAGGCCCUUUAUGAGCAACAGCAGCUCGAGGCCGCCUCUGCAGCCGAGGAGAACCCGCUACCCAAACGACCCCGCAUUGCUUACCUGUCGGAGGUGAAAGAAGAGGGUGAUGACAUCCCUGCCCAAGUGGCUAUGGUGACCGAGGAAGAUGGGGCCCCCCAGGUGGCUCUGAUCACUCAGGAUGGUGCCCAGCAGGUCAGCCUGUCACCAGAAGACCUGCAGGCACUGGGGAGUGCCAUCAGUAUGGUGACCCAGCACGGCAGUACCACCCUCACCAUUCCUAGUCAUGAUGAUGACCUUGCCACAUCUGGCACACACACAGUCACCAUGGUCAGCGCCGAUGGCACCCAGACGCAGCCCGUCACAAUCAUUACCUCUGGGACUGUGGUGGCUGAGGACUCAAGUGUAGCAUCCCUUCAUCAUCAACAGGUGGCGUUGUUAGCCACAGCCAAUGGAACUCAUAUUGCAGUGCAGCUGGAGGAGCAGCAGACCUUAGAGGAGGCCAUCAGCGUAGCCACUGCUGCCAUGCAGCAAGGGACUGUGACCCUGGAGACCACAGAUUCGGAGAGCGGCUGCUGAGCCCGAGAGGGCUGGGUCCCACACCAUGUUGGAAGAGGUGCCAUGCCGUACAGGCAUCCUUGCCUCCAAGGGCCCAGGCUGUGGCUGACACGUGGAAGGUGGCCACACAGGUCUCUAGGGCAAGAAGGCAGCAGGAAAAUGGCCUGAAGGGCACAGGGGUCCUGCCCAAGAGAAGGGCCAAGCAGCUGGAAUCGGGGGAGUGUGUCAUCCUCAGGAGCUAAGGAGGACAAGCUUGAUCAGCAGGCUGCACUGGGGUGUCCUCCCCCCAAAAUCAGCUGAGCACCCUCUCCUCUCUCUAGAAAACACCCUUUCCGCCCUUGGUCCACUCCCCUUCUCAGGUGGCAACUGGGGCUGCUCUUGGGACUGGUCCUCUGCUCCAACUGGUCACUGCCCACUAGGGGAGAAGGCAGACAGCCCUUCAGCCCAGUAGGGGCAGCUUGAGCCCAGCACUGCCCCUCUCAGCAAUAACCACCUCCCCGGAGGCCAGCCGAGAUGUCUGGCCACUUGGCAGCAGGGACUUUCUGCCACUGCAGUCAGAAUUGCUCAGGGGCCUGUGGCUGGAGUAAAGGUGCCCCGCCCCACCCCUACCCCCAGCUGCUCCCCAGCCUCUCUGUGGCAGAGAGGCAGGGAGCAACCUUGUACAUACUGGGGAUUGGGUGUAAUUUGUUUUAUUUUUUUUAAUUCCAUUUUGAUAAUUUUUUUUCCUGCUCUGGAUGGUGGUGGCAAACGGGUG